AUGACCAAAAAGAUAUUCAAGAAAAUGGAACCGGAACUGAGGGAGGCGCUGCUUUCGGCUCAACUGCCGGUCAUCGAGAACAAGCCGUAUUCCACAUUGAUACUGGUUGACGGUCUGGACGGUGCGGGAAAGGGUGAGGCGGUCGCCAGGCUGUACGGCUGGAUGGAUGCGCGUCAUCUGGUCUGCAAUGCCUACGGCGAACCGACAGACGAGGCGCGCCUCCGACCGCCGCUGUGGCGUUAUUGGCGCGACUUGCCGGCCAAGGGGGAGACUGCCAUUGUUUUCGGCAGUUGGUAUCAAUCCGUGCUCCGGGACUGGAUUUACAAGAAAAUCGACGAAGACGCCUUCGAAAAGGCACUCGUCCGCAUUCGCCGGUUCGAGGAAAUGCUGUCCAAUGAAGACGUUCUGAUCCUCAAGUUCUGGUUCCUUCUGCCCAAGGAUGUUCAGGAACAACGCCUCAAGAAGAUCGAGAAAAAAAACGCGGCGCGGCAUGUGCGUGCGGAUUGGGCGGCAUUGAAACACCACAAGAAAGCCAGCGAGGCGGGCGAAAAGAUCGUUCUGGAAACCAGCAAGGGCUACGCUCCCUGGUUCGUCAUUCCAUCGCAGGAUCCUGAAUACCGCGACGCCGCGCUCGCCCAGACGGUGGCAAGAUCGAUGAGCCUGAAGCUGGAUGACGGCGAGACGCGCUCCGUUUCAGCACCACCCGUGGUCAGCGGCGUGAAACGGGAAACGGCAGUCGAUACGAUCGACCUGACGGAGAAGCUCGAAAAGGAAGAGUACCAAGAGCUUCGGGAAAAAUACCAGAGGAUCCUGUCCGACCUUUCCGACCGCAAGUCGAUGUCGAAAACCGGUGUUGUCCUCGCCUUUCAGGGUAAUGAUGCCGCGGGCAAGGGCGGUGCGAUCCGGCGUGUCAUUCGUCCGCUCGACCCGCGCCUCUACAAGGUGCAUCCGAUUUCAGCCCCGACCGACGAGGAAAAAGCCAGACCGUAUCUCUGGCGGUUCUGGCGUCGUGUUCCCCGCAAGGGUCACUUCGCGAUCUUUGACCGGUCCUGGUAUGAACGUGUUCUGGUCGAGCGGGUCGAGGGAUUUGCCGGACACGACGACUGGCUGCGCGCCUAUAACGAGAUCAACGAGUUCGAACAGGAGCUGACCGAUUUCGGCUAUAUCGUCUGCAAGUUCUGGCUGGCCAUUUCCGAAGACGAGCAGCUGCGCCGGUUCAAGGCCAGGGAAGACACUGCAUACAAGCAGCACAAGAUUUCCGAUGAAGAUUGGCGUAACCGGUUGAAAUGGGACCAGUAUACCAUCGCUGCCGGUGACAUGGUCGACCGGACAUCGACGCACUAUGCACCCUGGACCCUUGUCUCCUCGGAAAACAAGAGACACGCACGCAUCAAGGUGCUGAAGACCAUCUGCAAUCGUCUGGAAGAGCGGCUCUAG